GGGGUUAACAGCUAGAAGAAUCCGUUAACGUUUGGUAAUUUCUUCACAGAAAAUGAGACUGAAAUAGGGGAGCAGUUAAGAAUUGCUAAGGUUUUGUAUCUGAUGACCAAUGACACCCUAACAACAUGACACGGUUGUUUAUGUUCACUCCUCGUAUUGGCCUUCUUCUGCAAACAAGGUAAGGGUAUUAUAAGAAGCACAAGUUUGACAUAGAAGGAAAAGGCCAAUUGAUACAACAUCGAAAUCACAAUCACAGUCACAAUCACCAAUCAAAUAUACAUAGAAUAAAGGUUGAAUUGUCAAAGGAAAGGUAUGGAAGAUCAAUAUAUAAAACGACACGUAACAACAGGAUGUUACAGACUGGAAGUGUCAAAUCCCAAUUCAAUAUGGAAAAGUGAAACCGUUCUAGGGUUCUACCUUCCUACCUUUGCAGCCCAAGUUGCUUUUAUGUUGUUAUCAACUCGUUGCUUAUACUAUAUCCUCAGACCCAUCAAUCAACCUCGUCUUGUUGCAGAGAUUUUGGUAAGUGCAUGCAUGCAUGCAUGAAUGAGGAUUUUGUUUUAUUUUAUGAUCACAUAAAAUUGUAAAUGGUUUUACAUUGUGAUUAACUUGUGGGUAAUUAAUUUUAACAGAUGGGUUUUUUUAUAAGUCCAGAAUUUUUUGGGUCAUCCCCUUUAUUUGAGAUUCUCACCCCUUUGAAGUCAAUCCUAACUGUUGAAACCAUAUCAUAUUUGGGACUCAUUUAUGCGGUGUUCGUGGCUGGUUUGGACAUGAACUUUGACACAAUCCUACAUGCAAGAAAGAAGGCUACAAGUAUUGCUAUUGCUGGGAUUUUCAUUCCAAUGGCAUUGGGGGCUGGCAUAUAUAGUUUUGCUCAAAGCAUGUACAAGGCAGAUGAACAUUAUUUAAAACAUUUCAACACAAAAAGAGCAUAUUUGUUUUGGACAUUAAUUUAUAGUGUCACGGGUUUUCCUAUGGUUAGUCAAAUCCUUGCUGAUCUGAAGCUACUAUAUACAGGUCUAGGAAGAGUGGCCAUAACAACAGCCACGCUCACUGACUUCUACAAUUGGGUCAUGUUUUCACUGUUGAUUCCAUUUGCCAUUAACAGUGGAACUGCCAUAUACUCGGUGAUAAGCACCGUAGUUUUUGCACUUCUCUGCUUUAUUGUGAUACGCCCUUACUUAGGGCAGAUAAUAGUGCGCAAAACCAAUCAAAAUGAGUGGGACAAUCACCAGUUGUUCUUUGUGAUCAUGGGAGCUUAUGCUUUUGCAGCUAUUACGGAUCUCUUAGGGACACACCCUGUUGUUGGGGCUCUGUUGUAUGGAAUAAUGAUACCUCGUGGUAAAUUUACUCAUAUGCUGAUAAGAAAGUCAGAGGAUUUUGGGGUUGUUUAUCUGGCUCCAUUGUUCUUUGGUAGCUGUGGCAUUAGACUUAGAUUAAUAUAUGUUUUAUAUAAGCAAGGUUUGGGCUUGCUAGUUAUAAUUUUGCUCCUCUCAUGCUUGCCAAAGAUUGUAAGCACUGUAAUAGCAACUCGGUUCUUUGGUAUGCCUGUUCUUGAUGGUGUGGCUAUUGGACUGGUUAUGAACACCAAAGGCAUCUUACCAGUGCUUAUGCUCAACCUGGCUUGGGACAAGGAGAUUUUGAGUGUGGAGUCCUACACAAUCAUGACUAUAGCUAUUCUUGUAAUGACCAUGAUGGUGCCUAUUGUCAUCAAUGCCAUAUACAAGCCAAGAAAGCUACACAAGCAAAAUAAACUAAGGACCAUACAAAAUUUAAAGGCUGACUCACAGCUGCGAGUAUUAGCUUGUAUGCACAACCCUCGGCACGCCUCAGGAAUGAUCAGCAUCCUUGAUGCCUGCAAUACAACUAAACUUCCCCCUUUACACGUGUUUGCACUUCAGCUUGUUGAAUUAACUGGAAGUAGCACUUCCCUUUUGUCUGUUCAUAUCAAUCAACCGAAUCAACAGCAAACUGGUGCACAAGCCCUCACCAAAGCACAAGAAUAUUUGGAAAGCAUCACCAACAUAUUCGAAGCAUAUACACAGGUCAAUGAGAACAUUAGGGUGGAGACCUUUGCUGCUGCCUCCACCUAUUCAACCAUUCAUGAGGACAUAUACAAUGUGGCACAGGAGAAACAAACAAACUUGGUUCUCCUUCCUUUUCACAAACAGUCAAACAUAGAAGGCAUUCUAGAGAUAGCCAACACUGCAUUCAAGGACAUAAACCAAAAUGUCAUGAGCGAUGCACCUUGUUCUGUUGGAAUCUUUGUGGACCGUUGUCUUGGAUCAUUGUCCAAAGUCGACAUGCGUGUCCUUAUGCUUUUCAUUGGAGGGCCUGAUGACCGUGAAGCCUUAGCUGUUGCAUGGAGGAUGUCAAAGCAUCAAGGGGUUAGACUCUCCAUGGUGAGGAUCCUUAUGUUUGGAGAGGCUGCAGAAGUAGAUCCCUUGGCACAUAUUGAGGCUCGUGGACUACUAUCUGUAGUGUUAGACCAUGAGAAGCAAAAAGAGUUGGAUGAUGAGUAUGUAAGUUCAUUCAGACUAAAGGCAGUGAACAAUGGGGAUUCUAUAACAUAUUCAGAAAGAGAAGUUCACACACGAGAUGAUAUUCCUAAAUUCCUUCAUGAGUUGGACCAAAUUGGCUAUGAUUUAUACAUUCUAGGACAAGGGUCAAGUAGGAACUCUUUAAUCUUGUCAGAUUUAAUGAAAUGGACAGAAUGCCGGGAACUUGGUGUUAUAGGGGACAUGUUUGCAUCAAAUAAUUUUGGUUCAUCUUCUUCACUGCUUGUUGUGCAGCAAUUUGGGUUUGGGGGAAUGGUAUUUGAGAAUACCACUCAGCAUCCUGGUGAAGUACCUGCAAAGGAUGAUGGCUCUGCGGCAUUUUUUGUGAAGGUAGAAUAGCAUCAGUGAUGGUUAUUUAUUGGCAUGUCAUGUUGGCAUGGCUUAUGCCAAAGGACACAGAAAUUGGUUGCAAUUUCGCCAUGGAGGAUUGUUCGUAGGUGAAAUUUUAGGUGAAUUGACAGAAGAUGAAAAUAGAAUAAAUUCAAAAUGUUAUUUUCACAUUAUUCUUUGUACAUUUCAACCUGUUUUAUUAAAUUUUGGAAAGCCUCUCUAU